CUAACAUCGGGAUAUCCUCGAAAUUUGAUCGUAAAACUCAAGCCACAAACUUCGCGGCACAUCCCGGCGCACACCAUCGGUGAGAUCUUCGAUAGGGCUUGGGUACGACGGAGUGACUACUCGGAAGACAUGCUAGUAAAAUGCAAGGUCUAUCGAGGAUGCUGUGCCGCCGCUCAGUUCCCACUCGAGCAGCACUCCAACAUAUCUUCUCUCUUUCGCGGGGUUGUGAUUCAGCCACCCUUGACGUGAACUAGCCUCCUGGCUCUCAGGUUCCAACACGUAGGUAUAUAUAAACAACAGAAUAUGACCAUCUACUCUAUCUCUUGUAUAUAUGAAGUUUUUCACUAGGUAGACAUAAUGGCACCUCUAUUCUCGAGACAACCCUUCAAGGGCCUCUAUAUCAUAUACUUUGUACUCAAGCUCCUCCCUCUCUCAGUCUUCUACUCAAUCCGAUUUAGCUUCAACGCAUUCCGUCCCAUACGGGAGUGGAAUUUCACCAUCUGUUUUGUAAACGCCAUAUGCAAGCAUGUCUUCCAUUACAUGACAGUCACCCGAACCACAGGGUUAGACGGCGUCCUAUCUGACCAAAAGAAAGCCGGAUCUCGCUACACCCUCGUAAAUCCAGCCGAUUCGCGCACUUACACCAGUGUACUUGCUCAAGGGCUAGCGCAACCUGCGACUGUAGGGGGCAUAUGGUUUCCGAACGCACCGCCAAAACAAAUCCCACCAGGCCAGAAAGUGAUUUUACAUAUCCCAGGCGGAGCCUUCGUGCUUGCCUUCGGGACCCAAGAAUUCGGACAGGUCAUCUCCGAAGCCCUAAUCCCGGACUUGGGCGUCGGCGCAUCAUACAUGUUCUUCCCACAAUACCGGAUCUCCGACGGUAGCCCCAAAGCACGCUUCCCAGCCGCCGUACAGGACAUAUUAACCGUAUACCUAUACAUUCUCUCCCUCGGCGUAUCUCCAAAAGACGUCAUCCUAUCCGGAGAUUCCGCCGGUGGGAACCUAGCUCUCGCCCUACUACGAUACCUAGAAGACCAAAACGUCCACCCUUUACCCGGCGCAGCCAUGGCCUGGUCACCCUGGAUACACGUAACCCACGCCGCAGUAUCAGACUAUGACUCCUACCCCAACGCCCAACGCGACGUACUAGUCCGCUCCCUCCUCCAAUGGGGCGUUGAAUCAUACAUCCCGUCCACGCCUUUAGCGCGUUACGCAUUGCCGUAUAUAUCGCCCCUCCACCACCCCUUCAAGACCAGUGUUCCGCUCUGGCUAUGCGCGGGCACGGGAGAGGCGUUACACGAGCAAGUACGGAGUUUCGCGCAAGAGAUGGUUGCCGAGAAUGAUGAACAUUUAGUGCGAUUUCACGGGGCGCCGUUGGCGUCGCAUGGGUUGAUCCAGGCGCAUAAGACGAUUGGGAUGACGAAGGAGCUGAGAGAGGCAAUUGCGGAUGCUAGGGAGUUUUUUGAGGAGAACGGGGUUUGAAUUAUGGGAGACGUGAUGUGAGAGGAUCGUCUUAGGACCCUGGAAUACAGCCGAAACCGCUGCGAGAAUAAGUACGGAAACCUACAUAUUUAGACAUAUAUCAUGAUAUGUAUACGGCUCACAUUUUCAAUAUCAAAUCGCA